AUGAGCAGCAACGCAGAGAACAACCGGGAGGUGAGGGUGACCGGCACCGGGGAACAGCCCGGAGCGAUAUGGAGGGCGGACUCCGAGUCCUACCUCCAGCUUCUGGCGUCACCCUUGGUGUCGCGAUCCCCAUCCCCGGUCCAGGAGGACACGGAGGAGGUGCCCGACACGGAGCUGUCGGAGGACGAGGCAAUGGAGGCGACCCACGAAGAACCCGUGGAUUAUGUGUCCCUCUCUUCGGAGAGCGAGGAGGACGACGGGGGUGAGACCGUCACCCCGGUGGUAUCCUCGGAGGAGGACGAAGGAGGCCGGAGCGCGAAGGCGAGGAUGGCCUACCGCAGCGUGCGGCGGGCGACGCAGGGCCACGGUCGGAUUCGGCUUGGAGAGGCGAUGCCGUCGAAGGACCCGCGGGAGAUGCGCGAGUUCGCGGAUGCACGGAUCGCCACGCUGCGGCGGUUCGAGCGGAUGGUGGUGGAGCGGAAGGCAGCCGCCGCCAAGGCCGCGUGGGAAAAACGCCUAUCGGAGUGGCAAGAGGAGGAGGAGGCAUUGUGGCCGCCACCGCCGCCACCGGCGCAGUCACAGCCACCGACGCAGCAGCAGCCGCAGCCGCCGACACCGGAGCCGCAGCACCCGGGGAUGCCGCAGCCACCGACGCCGCAACCGCAGCCGCCGUUGCCGCCGACGCCACCACCGGCGCAGCCGCAGCCACCACCGCCACCACGCACGCCAACACCGCCGCCAGCACCACCGACGCCGCCGCCGCCGCGCACGCCGACGCCGCCACCCCAGGAUGAGGAGGGGCCCCGGUGCGAGCGGCAGCAGUCCUGGGAAGUGGACCAGGCGCACGUCGCGCAGACGCUGCGCACCAUCGGCCUGGGCGGCCGCCGGUGGCACCAGCAAACGGUGACCUGGACAUGGCCCGCACCGCCGGAGGACACGCCGGAGGCCCGCGUGUGGGAGGAGGUGGGCGCGGUCGGAUGGAGGCCGGUGGAGAAGCGAGCGCGCGACCCGCAAGUUCGCGCACGGGUAGAGGUCGGAGACGCGGGAGAGAACCCAGAGAAGGGUCCGUGGGUGUGGCCCGCACCACCACCACCGAAGCUCGCGCGGCAGGAGUCGUGCCCCGAGGCAAGACAGCCACCGCAGCGACCAUGCCUCGGCAGGCAGCAGUCGCUGUGCGGGAAGCCAUGGAAGGAACUCGAGCGCGCGGAGUGGCCACCCAGAGUGGUCGAGGAGGCCGAGGCCCAGGCGGGCAGAAGCCACAAGGACCGCUGGGCCAAGCUGUUCGUGCUGGACGGCCAGCGGUUCCGGCUGAAGGUGCGUCGCGGCAGGGACAUUCAAGUAUAUGUGCCUGAAUAA